AAUUACAUAACUCUGCCUCAUAACUCUGCUGCUUGGCUUUAUUGUGUCCAUUUUCAUUACAAUACUUUAACAGUGUGAUGGAAAAUAGAGAAGUACAUUGAGUUCUUUCCAACCACAUGUAUCUUUCGUCGUAAUUAUUCGAGAAUAAUCUUGUUUGUAAUAUUAUGAUCGUUACUAAUUCGACGAAUUUUCACAUACAGUAAAAGCUAAAUACAAGUUUUCGUUACAUAAAAUUGUCUCUAUAACAAGUAUAAAUAUAGGGCCCUUAACCACUGUUAUUAAAUCAUAUUACUAGAUUUGAUUGGAUUUGUAUUUAUGUCUUUUGCCAUUAUAAAUACCUUAGGUGCUCGAUGCUGAUUCGGUGUUGAUUCUUCUUUCCUAGCUUAAUGGCUUCUAACAUCUUGUAUCUAUUUCUCCUCUUGCUAGCACACCUUCAAGCAGAGGCAUUUGUGAAAGGAGACGCCACUCUGAUAAAGAAAACAUGCAAGAGCAGCAAGUACUACGAUCUGUGCUUUUCCUCCCUGAAAUCCGAUCCAAGCAGUGCAAACGCAGACCCAAAGGGGUUGGCAGUGAUCAUGGUUGGAAUUGGAAUAACCAAUGCCACUUCCACUUCUUCCUACUUGUCCUCUCACUUGCUUGGCACUGCCAACGACUCCACCUUGAAGAGGGGGCUGAAGGAGUGUGCAUACAAAUACGCAUGUGCCAGCGAUGCCCUCCAAUCUUCUGCACAGGAUUUGGCUAGUGAGGCUUAUGACUAUGCUUCCAUGCACAUCACUGCAGCCUCUGAUUACCCCAAUGUUUGUCACAACUUGUUUAAAGGCUACCCUGGUUUGGUUUAUCCUCCUGAGAUUGCUCCUAGAGAGGAUGGUUUGAAGCGUUUGUGUGAUGUUGCUUUGGGGAUUGUUGAGAAUCUUACUUGGAAAUGGUAGGUUGUUUGUGUUUGAACAUAUGCCAAAUGUAAACCAUUUAUUAUAUGGCGUCAUUUUUUUGAGAUCUAUAGAAGUUUUAUAUGAUAUAAUAUAUACUUUUGUGUUUCUGUAAA